GCAGAUGGCAGUACACAAAAACACACACGGACUUAUCUGCUUUUCAGUAAGGCUGGUUCGAGUGCUGUAGCACCGUCAUGCAGCUUUUUUAAACACAUUGCACUUAGCGAGUAUUAUAUCUGAAAUAAGGAUGACAUAACUGAAGGCAUGACUGUGCGGUUCCUGCGUCUCUCCUCAUCAUCCAGGGGUUCAGGACAGUAGCAUUGGCCAGAACGCAGCAGGCCGCAGUCUGGGUGCUCUGCUUGGGGGAAGUGGUUUGAGAAUGCGUUUAACGAAAAAAUAGAUCAAGUACUGUCCAGCUAAAGCAGUCCAAGUUUAAAAGCAAACCAUGUUGAGCAGACUGCAAGAGCUGAAGAAGGAAGAGGAGACCCUGCUGAAGGUCAAGGCUGUGUUGCAGGACCAGCUCAACAGACUGAAGGUGGAGGAGCUGGCUCUGCAGUCCAUGAUAAGCACAGAGCGGGAGGACAGUGACGCAUCCAGCCCAGCCCAGCCUGACCUCGCAGAGAUGGCCAUGCAGGUCGACGAUGAAAGCAAAAUCAAUCAGACUGAACUUCAGCUAAACUCCUUUGCUGUGGAACAAGGCCUGGAGGAGGAGCAGGAGGAAGAGGAGGAGGAGGAGGAGGAGGAGGAGGAGGAAGAGGAAGAGGAAGAGGACAACUGAACUCCAGAGGCGAUUACCAGAGGCGUAUCUAAUAGACUUGUGCCCCUUAUUGCCAGUCAGUGAAUACUCGGUAGAAAGCACAAAUCUGGCACAGCACCAGGUCCAGUUUCUGUACGUACCAAAUAAUGUGCUGUGUAUCACUACCAAAGAAAAUGUUGUUCAUUUUCUGAAUGCCAGUGCAGGGCACCCACCUUAUACAGAGAGAUGAGACAGCGCGUGCUUCUUACAAAGUGCAUUGUUAUUGCUUGCAGUCUGAUUCCACCAUUUAUUCUGUAAUGCCAAAAGCAUGACAAAGGUCUGCAGUAUUGAUCGUGCUUUGAUUUUGAAGUGAACUACGGACACUGCCUGCCAGUUUUAGAUGUCAGUAAGGUGAGGAGCUGGCAUGAAUACAUUUUCUCAAAAUAUCUGGCAUCUCUUCUGUUCCCCACACCUUAUUCGUCCUCUAGUUCCUUUUCUCAAUAUGUCACUGAUUUUGAAGUAUUUUACCGAAGAAACCUUUUCUUACCUUUCGUAUGCAGCAGAGCUGUUUAUGAAGCUUAACAAUCUUUAAAAAGCUUUUUUUCUUGCAGUUUUUGAUAUAACUGCACUGUCUCAUUCAUGAAAAAAAAACAAUGCUACUGUUGAGCCUGAAUGCUAGUUUGCUUAUUUUUAGUUUUUAACGGAACAGCGUAAACAACAGUGUUAUCCUUACCUUAGAAGGAUCCUUUUGGUUGAAUCUACUGUAUAGGUUAGCAAUUUAGAGUUUUUUACUGCCCUUUGUUUUUGUGAAAGAGUCGAGAUCACUGAGGAAUCACACCCCAGCAAGCACAUGCAGGUAUUGUGUCCACUAUAGAAAAUUGUUUUGAGCACAGCUGGAUUUUUGAAAAGUGGGUAUUUGAUAUAAUAAUAAUAAUAAUAAUAAUAAUAAUAAUAACUUUAACUGUUUUUUUUUCUUUUUUUUUGUUCAACUUGUUUGAUUUUUAAUUGCCAUGCUGUAUGGAUGUUUUGAAUUGUGCUUAACAGAAUCUUUAAAUAGGUUGUAUAAAAUGUUCUGUGUUUAAAUAAAUAUGUUUAUAGCAA